GAUUGUCUCACAGUGAAUAUAUGGACAACGGCGAAAGACACAACAGAAAAAAGGGCAGUGAUGGUGUGGAUAUACGGUGGAGGCUUCGAAUUUGGAGCCUCUAACAGGCCAUUAUAUUAUGGAACCAAGCUCGCACUGGACGGUGUAGUUCUGGUGAGCUUCAACUAUCGCCUGGGAGUUCUCGGGUUCCUGGCAUUAUCGGAACUUGACGAUGAAGGUAGCGGCUCUACCAACUUUGGCCUUCAGGACCAACUAGCCGCCCUUCGUUGGGUCCGAUAUAAUAUUUCUCAAUUUGGAGGAGACCCUGAUAAUGUUACAAUAUUUGGAGAAUCUGCGGGGGGACAUUCGGUCGGUUUGCUAUUGGCAUCGCCCCUCUCCACUGGGCUAUUUCAUAAGGGUAUUCUGGAGAGUGGCGCGUAUUGGGAAAGCGAUCACGGAUCCCUUACAACUUUCUCUGAAGCUCGCCAGAGAGGUUUAGCCCUGCAGCAAAAACUCAAUGCAUCGUCCAUUGCAGAAUUGCGAUCUCUUCCUGCAGAACAAGUCAACAAUGCGGCGUUAUGGGACCUAAGCACUGACCCCGGGUCCACCGUCUUCGCGCCUAGCAUCGAUCAUUACGUUGUUCCUACAGCACCAAGUGUCGUUUUCGACAACAGAGAUGAACAGCCGGUGCCUGUCCUAGCUGGCUUCAAUGCUCGCGAAGAGGAUUUUUUUCUUGCACAUUCUCUGCCUCACGAGACAUCUGAGGACUACAUAUCGUCUGUAAAAACGUUUUUUUUUGGAAACAGAACAGAUGAGGCACUACAAGUAUAUCCUGGAUCCACCUAUAUCUAGGCCAAUGACUCCGCAAACGCUCUUGCCGGCGAUCUGGUUAUCCGGCAGCAAACUUGGGAAGCUCUUGAUAGGCAUGUGUUAGUAGGGGGCCAGAAAGGAUAUGGCUACUACUUUACAUACAGUUCUCCCUACUCUCCGUUGGCUAUGCAUACCGCAGAAAUGAAUUAUGUCUUUGGUAACAUGGGGCCAAACGAAAGUUUCACCUAUACUCCUCCUCUUUCCCCAGCUGACUCUGGAGACAUGAAGCAUGUCGGAGACGAUACGAUCUUAUUGGACUAACUUCGCCAAAACUGGAGAUCCGAAUGACCCAAAUGGAAGUCUUCCAUAUUGGCCCAGCUAUACCGGCUACGGAAAUUGUUUCGUUGAGCUAGGUAAUCUAAUUCACGCUAUCAAUACUCCC